AUCCCCGACCUCGACGCUCAAGUUGAAUGCUCUUUGAUAUGCACAACAUUGAGUGCUUGCGAUGAAGAUUUCAUCGAUCACUAUACUGCUCUUUCUUAUGUUUGGGGGAAUGCGAAGCUGAAAAAGAUUAUUCUAGUUGAGGGUCUUGCAUUUGAUGUCACCCUCAAUUUGGAUGUAGCGUUACGGCACAUGCGAGAUCAUGAGAGGAAGCGCCUGAUAUGGGCUGAUGCGAUCUGUAUCAAUCAAUCAGAUACGGCGGAGAGAAAUCAACAAGUGGCGCAAAUGGGAAAGGUUUACCAAGGGGCGCGACACACGACUAUUUUCCUUGGAGAGGCGACACCAGACAGCGAUCUCAUCAUUGAUGCACUUCGAGAUGAGCACUUGACGCACAAUUUCGAUAAACGUUUGCCUUGGGAUAGCAUGUAUGAUCGACCUUGGUUCUUCAGAGUUUGGGUAUUUCAAGAAUUGAUGCUCUCGCGUGAUCCUUGGAUACAAUGUGGGAAGAAAUGUGUACGGUGGCGUCAAUUAUUCCAAGCGGUCGGUACGAAUGUCGACCCUUUCAGCAGUUUUUGGAGCUCGGUAGUGCAUAUGAGUGAAGAGCGAAGGAGGAUCAGUGCGUAUACCUGGAAACAACUUUUACACUGCCACUCGCCAUAUCAGGAUGGAACAGAUGCACUCUCCGCUCUGGAAGGAUUUGAUAUUGCUUUACUGAGUACGUUGGAGGCUCGUCGAGGCUUUGGAUUGCUUGAUCCACGAGACAUGCUAUUCGCACACAGGUCCUGCUUAGGUACAGGUCUACCAGAUUGGCAGCUUCACGAACUACUUGAUGUCGACUACGAAAAGACAUGCGCUAGAGUGUACACAGAUGUUGCAAAAUAUUUAGUCACAACGCCAUCGUUCAAAGCUUCGCCUCUCAAACUCUUGUAGUUUGUGGACCAUCCCUCAAAUGGAGAGCCCCAGGAAUUCAAUUUACCAUCUUGGGUUACAAAUUGGAGAGUGAAAGAGUUUCUUGCACCGUAUUGUCGC